CUUAAACCUUCAAGUCCCUUGGCCACCUAGAUUCUUGAGGUUGUUAUCCUACAACUUCUCAAGUCAAGUGUUGCCUUGGCUGUGUUUCCGCCUCCUCGAGAGAUUUUGUAGCUUGACAUACUUUUUGCGGCGUCUUUCAUCUUCGCUGUAGAUUUAAUUCCACGAUUCUCUUUUCUCCAGAUUCGCCGUGUACAUUUCCCUGUGCACCGCGAAUUCACCAUCACAUCAAUCUCCAAAGCACAGCUAUAGCGCAGCCGCCCGUGCUCCUCUGUCAAACUCUCUACCUCGAUUGGACAACUCCUCUUCCGCCUUUCUUUGCCCUGCCUCAACCUGCCAUUGCCUGGCCCCGACGUUGGGUUGUCAAUCUUCAAACAUAACAAACCAUCAUCGCAACGCCUUUACAAAGACAUUCCCAACCACUCUCAGACAAUUCAUCCACCAUCCACCUAUCCAUUCAUCCAUUCACCCCGGAUCUGCAGCCAUUUUCACUCCUGCUUACCGCCGUUUGGCUCAAAAACCAUUCAGCAGUAACCGCGACAUCUUGAGACGCAAGGAGGCAAACGCUGCCUACUACCCUGGUCCCGUCCUGACCCUCCUAUUGCUCCACGCAUCGGCACCUUGCAUUGCAUUGCAUAACGACUUUACUCUUUGCCGCAUUCCAGCUGCCCUUGACGUCCAAUCACGCCUGCGCCGUUCUUCCCAAACCUGUCACACUCACCCAUUCCCUUUCGCAUCCUCCAUAUCUUUUUUGGGCCUGCAACUCUCUCCCUGACCGGAGCCUGCCUGCACUCAUCAUCACCACCACCACCAACGUAUACCAUCAUCCCAUCCUCCAAGUACCAAGUACUCCUUCACCAACACCUCACUUCCCUUUCUAGUCAUCGUCAUCCUCAACCACUCUCAUAGUCGACACAUCAACACCGAAAUAUAACUCCCCUCUCCAUACUAUAUCCCUCACAUCACCACCGCCCCUCAGUCGACCCAUGUGCCUAUUGCAAAAUGCCUUACAAUACUCGACGGAAAUCACUCUCUCUGCCUUCACUCGGCAUUCAUCUACCUAACUCAUCUCGCGUCCAUCGCCCAACCUUCAAGACUCUCACCAAUGCAGACUCGGAUGUACUACCUCCCACCAAAAAGUUAAAGCGCUCCCAUGAUGGCGAUGAGCCGCUCUCACCUGUCUCCUCUCCUCGUUCCAAAGUCGGCUCUCCUGCACUGGAAGAAGUUCCCAGCUCGACCCUCGCCAUGACGAGAGGCGCCGCAGAACAAACCCCUCCUCCUUCACCAAAAACCAUGCCUCAGUUCCGAAAAGUCGACAUUGAGGGCAUUAACGAUGACAUUGUUAUUGGGGUCAUUGAGCAGCUAGAGAAGACAGGCAACCGACCUCACCUCAUUCGAGAUUUGGCAGCCAUACUUGCUCUGUCCAAUGACAGCAUUGCUCAGUACGACCACCCCGCGAAACAUCUCCUUUCUUGUGCUAACCGUCUUAACAGUUCUGCCAACCCAGCUGCACUACUUUCCUCCCGUCUCAGUCUAUACCUGAAGCGACCAUGGACUGCUUUGUCACCAUGCCCCUUGGCCAAGGAACUCAUACCGGUCCACCCGAGGAAGGUCUUCUUUUUCCUGACCACUCAGCCCCGACUACCCCUACCCCAGUCCUCCGAUGAUAUCCUCCCUCCUUCUCUCAUAUCCGCCAAAAAUCUGACUCCUAGUAUUUCCGACCAUAGUCUGGGUGAUGACUCGGACCUGGAACAAAGACACAGAGCUCGCCUAUCUCCCAGUCCAGAGGUUGAGCUCUACUCUCCCGAGCUCGACCAAGAGGAUCCCAUGCAGCCCCCAACACCUGGUCAGCACUUUAGCGCCAGAAGCAGUCUGAAUCCUGAUGGCACACCGGACAUCCGCUCUCGGCCCAAUCGUGCCCCUAGCCCGCCCUUGGAGGCCGACGAACGAGGCUUUACUGAAACGGCAACUGCAGUUCGCGCCCGUGGCAUGAGCCUACGAAGUCCCACCGUCCAAGAAUCAGUCGAGAUUGAUGAGAAACUUCGCUCCGUGGAGCUGGUCGAAGAGACUCCGGAAGUGAGUCAGAAACGCGACAGAGAACUGGGUCUCGAGCUCUUCGGCCAUACCAACUCUCACAUCCAUGUCCCAGAGCAGAAAGUCUUAGGCAGCAGCCCGAUGAUUCAUGCCAAGCCCGACUUGUCAUCCCAUCUGUCCAAACCUAAUCUCAGUCUACAACUGGAAGAACUGGACAUAAUCGAGUCUUCAUGGGCUCUCAAAAGCCCCGAGCAGAUGGACAUUGAUGAGUUGGACGACUUGUUCACGGGCUUCUAAAACCAAACCAAAACCACCGACAUCGCCUUUCCGCCAACUUUUUUUGUUGCGCACUUCUUAUCGUCCUUAUCGUUAUCGAUACCCAACAGAUCACAUGAUUUUGCGCAGAACCUCUCCACUUUCUCAUUUCAACCUCAUCUUCACCAUCAAUCUCCUUUAUACCACAGUCGAUCCUGCACCGGCUGAACCAUCUCCCCAUCUCUCCAAUCUUCCAACACAUGCUCUCAUGUCGACAGCGACAUGAAAUGCAAUUGACAGCUUCGGGAAUAGACUACUGAGCUCGUUACCUUAUAGACGGUACUGGAAACAGGUGUCCACGCAGUGUGUAUGUAGCAGUACCGAAAUACGGUUUUAUGAUCAUCCAAAGCAUGUUCAAAAAGCAUUCCAUUAUAUCAGAGAUGAAUGGACCAAUCAAUAUUAGAAUUCUUUACUCCCUUUUUUGACUUUGUUGCGUCAAGUGAGCCACGAUUCUUCAGUCCUGCACUU